ACACACAGACAUGCCUUAAUUUUUUUUUUAAGGAAAAUUGUAUUUGGUCUUAUUUGCCUGGACUACAUUAGUUUGACUGUCGAAUUGUAUGAGUAGGAACAUUCUCACAAGCCCAGCCCUGCACAUGGUCCUGGAGCAGGGCUUCCUUAGGCAUUUUCCCAGGAACGAUUAGCUCUGCACAGUGAAAAUGAAUGCUAUGUGAGAGAGAAACACCAUUCAGUUUGGCAAAUGUCCGGUCCUAUGUCUUUAGUUGUCAGUGUGAAGUGUAGGUGUGGAGAAGAGAGAUUCAGUAUCCAGAUUUGUCGAUUUAGGAUCUUUUUCAUAGACUCUCUAGGCUGGCAGUGGCUAAACUCUUAGGAAACAGGAGCCAGAUUGUGGGGUGGGUGUGCUGUCUUAGGUCCCGGAGACUCAGGGGGCUGGGCAUGAGGAGAGAAGCUUGAGCAACCUACCAUUUGGAGAUUAGCUGCCACAGUAUGACGAGACUCACAAAAAGAGCAAGGUAGGAGAAGGGAAGUGGGGGGAAGAAAGAGAGAGAGAGAGAGAACUUAAAUUGAAAUUAUAGUCUUAUUUUUAGAGCUUUAUAUUCUUAACAGAUUGUUAAUACUAAAAUUAACUUACCAGAUUGUUAAUAAAUACAGGCAGUUGCAGUCCACAUAACAUGAAGGCUGGAAAUGGUUGGGUGGAGUAAAAUACAGAUAAAAUGAAACUCACACAUUACUGGAGGAAGGGUGCUUACGAAGGUCUGAAUACUAGCAAAAUCGGUAAUGUUUAGUAAGCAUUUGUCUACUUUUUAUGUGUACUUAAGUAAAACAAGGGCUCAUGUCCAGCAGGGGACACACAUAAAAAGACUCAAAGGAUAUUCAUGUUCAUAGUGACACAGUGGAACAAUACUACUGAUAUGCAUAACAGGGGCAGGUUUUGCAUGUCAUGUUGAGCAAGUAGAACCACAUAGUGUUGGUGCAUUGCAUGAUCCUUUAGAUGACAGCCAAGCAAAACGUAUUCCAAGAGGACAAGGGUACCCUGAGUAGUUCUGUGGUGAUGUAAAUUCCAGAUACCUUGUUCUAAGAGUUGGUUUCAUAGGUUAGACUUACAUGUAAAUAUCUUGUCCAUGUGAAGAGUUGUGUAUGCCUAAAAAUAACUCAAGAAAUUCAUAUCUUGGUUCUUCUCAGUGCUCGAUUAGAAGGCCCGAGGUUCAUGCCUGUUCCUCUUUGUCUGUGUGCCUUAAACACUGAGACAGUAAUAUUGUGUACAUUUCUUCUACCUCUCAUUGUGUUCUCGUUGUCGCUGUCUCUCUUUUUUAUUCUCUCACUCUUUCUCUUUCUCCAUCUUGUGUAUAGGUCUAAGUCUGUGAACCUGUGUGUGUGCACAUGUACAAACGUGAAUAGGUUUUAUAUGUUUUUAUUUUUCUCCACAAUUUGGAAUCUAGCAGCCUGUGUUUUUCCCCUGAGGAUUUACCUCCCUAACAGUUUCCAGGUGAUGUGGGUCCCGAGGUCUGGUAGUUCCUACUUUAAAUAGCAAUGUACUUUGAAUAUGUACUAACAAUUGUCCAUUCAUUUGUAUCCCUUGGGCAGAUUAUAAGGCUGUGGUGAUGUAUGGCCUCAUCUCCACAAUUAUGUGUAAUAGCUGUCUAUACAGUAUUAGUUAUCCAGAAUUAGAAUCCCUUUUAUGAAAACAGGGGAAAUACAAUCACAGGUGUCUGGUGGGCAAAGACUUGUAGCCUAAGGCUCUUGAGAACAUACCUGGUUAGUGUGCUCUUCCAGCCCUACUGAGUGAACACAGGGAGCCAGGGCACCUUCCAUCUAGAUGCCUAGCUUCUGGUGUUCUGGGGCCACGAUAGCAAGUUUCCCAAGGUUAAGAAAAUCCCAGCAUUUAGAAUUCAGAGUGUGGUUUCCAUGGCUGGAGUAGUCCAGGACCCAUCCUGAGUUCAUGUGUUACUAAAAGCCUAUGUUCACAGAGCUCUCUCUUCCUGGGGCCAGGACCUACCACAGGCAAAAUCUGCUCUAUGAAAAAUUGAAGAUGAAAGAGAAGGAGGUUAUGUCAUUUCUGCACAACUUAGAGAUGGAGUACGUUGAGGCCUGCAAGAACAACCAGGAGCUCAAGAAGGAGAUAAAUCUCUAUCAUAAGAAGUUGGUGAUAUUGAAGCAGGAGAGCAAGAAACUACAGGCUGAUUGGGCCAUCAUUCAUCAAUAUUUGGUGGACUUGAACCUGAGUUGUAAAGAUGAACAGGAGAAGACCAGCAACCUUGAGACUCAAGAACAUCAGGUCUCAGAAACUGCAAGAGAGCUAGGAUUGGCCACAGCCCAAGAAGAGAGCAUUCUGCAGAAUAAGUUGUCACCCCAAGAGUUCCCUGCUCCAUCCCCAGCAUCCCAAUCUUCCUUGGAUGAAUUUUCUUCCAUAUAGUUCAUUUCCUUAGGGUGAAUAGGCCCUAACUAGGAAGCCAUGGCUGAUUCAGGGUGUUAUUCCCUUUUCUCUUCAGACAACUCCCCUUGGCAGAGAACUGAGGUUAUUGCACUGCCACUAAGUGUCCAGGAGGAGUAACAGGCUGUAGGUCUGUGCUGCUUAAAUGUGCAGAAAGAGAAAGCAGCUGAACAAUAAUUUUAUGUUAGAGUUUUGAAUGAAGUUUUGGUUUUUGUUCUUUGAGUUGUUGCUAUGUUAUUUAGAAGUUAUAUGUGCUUGGUCUUGUCUUUCUUUCUUUCUUUCUUUCUUUCUUUCUUUCUUUCUUUCUUUCUCUCUUUCUUUUUUUGCUUUUACCUCUAUAUUAAUUGAACUUUUAAAACCUGUUUUUUUAAAUUCUAUUUCUUAUGAAUAAAAAUUUAUUUGCAAGUA